CGUUGACUCGUUAACAAUUCACAACUCGAAGGCAUUUUCCCGCGUUCCAAGCCGGCCGGGGGAAUCCCGGAUUCCUAACCCUGAGCGCAUGCGCAGCGGGGAGCGUUUCGUUGCAAGCCGCUGCGCGGCGGGACCGUCGAGGCGAUGCAGCCCCGUUGGGGACUCCUCUGGCUUCUGGGGUUCGGCGCUUCCUGUCUUCUGGCGGGCAGCCGCGGCUCCUCCCCCCGCCGCAUCCGUGUGAGCUACUCUUCUGCGACCGAGGAUUAUCCGGGACUGCCGCUAUUCUCUGCCGAGGGUACGUGGAUGAUCAGCUCAUCGCUCGCUACGAAAGCACACUCAGAGGUUGCAUCUGGGGCAGACUGGAUAAAUAUGCUGGAGAAGGAAGAACCCAAAUACUACAACAGGUGCACCAAUGUUUUGAAAAAAGACCAGGGAGACUUUCAGGAGAAUGUGCAGAUGCUCCAGAGACGCUACAACCAAAGUGGAGGGUAUCACAUCGUCCAGAUGAUUAUCUUCGUAAGGUAGAGGAAGACGGGAAAAGGAGCGGACACUGGCAGUACGGCUACGACGGACGGGAUUUCCUUUACUACAACAUGGACACCUCCACCUGGAUCGCAGCCGACAUGGAAGCCCAGGAAAUCAAGCGGAAAUGGUGAGCGCGAAACCGCAUCAAGCAGCGCUUCACGGCCUACAUGGAGAGCACCUGCAUGGAGUGGCUGCAGAAGACUGACCGCUACGGAUUGAAGUUGAGGAAAGAGCCUCCUGUGGUGACGAUGAGCAGCAGGACGGAGGUGGAGGAUGGGAUGGAAACCCACAUCUGUGAAGGUUAUGGCUUCUACCCCAGGGAGAUCGAUGCCUCCUGGAGGAGGGAUGGGGAGGUCUGGCUGGAAGAGACCUUCCAUACGUCUGUGGCCCCCAACGCGGAUGGGACCUACCACUACUGGAUGAGCAUCCAGAUCGACCCCAAAGAGAGGAGCCGCUAUCGGUGCCACGUGGAGCACGACGGCCUGCAGGAGCCUCUGGACUUGGAGCUGAAGGAGACCCCAAAGGUGACGGUGAGCAGCCGGACGGAGGUGGAGGAUGGGAUGGAAACGCACAUCUGCCGCGUGGAUGGCUUCUACACCAGGGAGAUCGAUGCCUCCUGGAGGAGGGAUGGGGAGGUAUGGCUGGAAGAGACCUUCCAUGGGUCUGUGGCCCCCAACGCGGAUGGGACCUACCACUACUGGCUCAGCAUCCGGAUCGACCCCAAAGAGAGGAGCCGCUAUCGGUGCCACGUGGAGCACGACGGCCUGCAGGAGCCUCUGGACUUGGAGCUGAAGGAACCAACCAAUUCAAAAUCCAACCUGGGGCUCAUCAUCGGCUGCAUUGUGGCUGCCCUUGUCCUGGCGUGUGCGAUUGCUGGGAUCCUGGUAUUCCUCAAAAAACGUCAAGAUGACUACAAAGCAGCACCAACAAGUGACAAAGGAUCCAGCAGUUCAGACCAGGGGAGCAACCGGACUGUUUAGCAGCCCCCUUGCAGGGGAGACGCCCAGCAUGAGGAGAGAGGAGAGAAGAUGGGAUCUGAAUUAGGCCGGACUCUCAGGAGGAGCCCUUUAGGCCCUUCCGGCAUGCUGGAACCAGGAGAGAUUUUGGGGUCUUUCAUCACUGCUUUUAUCACUGAAUCAGUAAACUUUUUCUAUUAUGAUUGAGGAGCAGAGGAGAAAAGAAUAUAUUGUGUGUUACUAAUUGUGGAAUCAAAAGAUUUCAAAUUGGGUUUCGUAGAUAAUAGUUUAAAUAGGUUGCAUAACCCCCUUAAUGGGCUUUUGCUGAUUAGUCUUAGUGGAGAGAGGUUGGAGGCUAAAGAUGAGGUUUUAGAGAUGGGUUUAUAGAGAAUGGGGUGAGGAAUCGGAUGAAGACUUCAUUGGCUUUACUUUACGAAAGAUUGAUAGGUUGUUAAUUUUCAUUAUAUUUGUUGGGGAUGAAGGUGGAGGUUACUUUUUGCUUUUUCCUUGUGUUAGUUUAAUCUGUUUAAUGUGAUCUUCGAUGAAACUAUUACUAAGAGAAGUUUGCAUUUUCAGAUUUUUGUGGCUAAAUUAGUUGAUGUAUUUUUAAUUGAUUAUUGCAAGGUUAUUUGACCAUAUAUUUCAUAACACAAAGUUUGACAAUCCAUAUACUGAGGGUAACAUUAGACAGUGAUUUUUUUUAUAGAUUGCCAUUUAUGGCUUUUCAUGAUUUAGAAAAACAGAUGAUGAAAUCAAUUGUCAGGCUGCUCUCUCCUUCACAAUUGCACAUCUUUAAAUGAUUAAAUCUUUAAAUCAAUAAAGGAUUUAUUUUCCUCGUA